AUGCAUCUUCCAGACCCAAAUGCCCAGGCCCUUGGCCCCAAUCUCAGCCCAGCAAAUAGUGGUCUUUUAACACUCCCAACUGAAAUUUUACUCAAGAUCACGGUCCUACUUGGCAACUCACAAAACAUGCUCCGUCUGGCCCAGGUCCACAGGGACCUUUAUCACAACAUACUCCACCAAGCUUGGGAACAGGACAUCAAGAUCACAGAAGAUUGCCGAAGCCUUAUGAAAAACGUCAAGCUCGGAAACAUCGACGGGGUGACGCGGGCAUGGGCCAUCACCCAACUGAAUACAAAGCGUCCGCAAUGGGCGUGGCCAUUUGGGCAGAUGAAUCCCUUGAUGGUUCGGAAGCUGCUCGACUUGGGGUGCAACGUUGAGACAUCGUCGCAAGCUUUCCAUCACAGCCGUGACGAUAGAUGGGAGAAGCCGUCGCCACUAUUGCAGCUCCUUUUGUUUAACCAGGGAAUCUCGAGACUGGAGGAGCACCCGUUGGGAUCAUGUAGCCGAGCAUGGUGGGUGGAUCGUCACGUCUACAGCCGUGACAUUGCUCUGGUGGAUGAAUGGUGCCGUGAAGCAUGUCAGCUGGCCGGUGUUUUGUGGGAAAUUGUGCAGAUUAUGGUUGACCACGGUGCCAAUGUCAACGCAGAGGCAAACUGUCUCGGCUCAAGCUACUAUGGGUGCUGCUCGCCGUUGAGCAUAGCAAUCAUUAGUGGCAUGCCAGCAGAGGUUGUUUCGCUGCUCCUCUGCCUUGGCGCUGGGCCCAUUCCAAAUCCCCGCCCAGCAACAAUAUUUGAUCUCACUACACUACUCGUGUACGCUGGCAUAUGGGACAGAAUCGAUCACAACAAGAGCCUCACAGUGCCAGUGUCGACAACGUUACUCAAGUGUGAAAACCCUCGCCCGGAACCUUCUGGCCCCAAGUGGAGCUAUUUCCAUGAACUUUUGCAAUUCAUAGGACACAUGCGUCAGGUCGGCCAAUUUUCCAUGGCCGAUAAAGCGAGUCUAGCACUUUUCAUCAGGAUUAUCGAUCUUGAAAUCGCCAUCAUGGCCGAUGACCCCGUUGAUAAACGCCUGUGGCUGAGGGGUAGGGACCAGCCUCAAAGGUUGACGCUGCUAGGGUCUCUGGUGCGAAUCAUGCGAGCACAUCGAAAACCGCAUCAUCUUGAUGUGGCCAUGGCUUACAUUUCGAUUCUGGUUCGUCAAAAGGGCGUAGACCCAAACGGGCCUCGCAACGGGUAUGACCCAGAAUCCCCUCUGCAUUUCAUCUGUGCGAUGAGUGUGAAGGAUGAACACAUCCCUACCAUAGUGUUAUUCUUGAAGUUCUUCCUUAGGCUUCCCGGUGUUGAUGUGAACCGGAUUGACAGAAGACUUUUCAAAAAGACAUCGCUGCAUAUUGCAUGCAACAGAAGAAAUGUCUGCAGGAAGUCAUUGAGACACUGCUAG